AUGUUCAAAUUAUUUGCUGUCUGCUUCUUGGCCCUCUUCUCUGUUGCCUUCGGUGCUGCUAAACCCGGGCUUUUGGCUGCUCCAUUGGCUUACUCCGCUCCUUUAUCCGCUGCCCCCGUUGCCGCUGCCUAUGCCGCUCCAGUCGCCGCUGCUUACUCCGCUCCCCUCGCCUACACUGCAGGAUAUGCUGGUUACGUCGCACCCUACGCCAGCAGCCACUCAGCUCACUCGAUUGCCCACUCCGCGGCUUUCCCAGCUGCCUAUGCCGCUGCUCCAGUUGUCGCCGCUCCAGCACCAGUGCUCGCUGCUGCUCCAGUUGUCGCUGUGUUGAAGAAAUAG